AUGCUAACAACUGAGGUUAGUGCUACUUCUAACCAGAAACAAAUAAAAGAUCCAUAAGAACUUGUUUUUGAGGUUUGUUUUUUAUAUAAUUAUUUAUCAAAGUUUACUCAUCAAUGGACAGACCAUGAUGAAGAACAACUCAAACAAUUGUACCUUAUACACUAAGGCAAUUGGAAAUCUAUAAGCUUACAAUUGAAUGGGCCAAGUCCCUAAGAAUGCAUGAUGAAAUGGCAAAGACUACAUCCUAAUCAAGUAUAUUGGAUAACUUAAUUUAAGACUUUUACAAGACAAUUAUGGUCACAAGAAGAAGACGAAUAAUUACAGGAGCUUGUUUAAAAGUAUGGAAAAAAAUGGAGUAAGAUAUGCACAGUGAUGAAUUGGAGAACUGGAAAACAAGUAAGAGAACGGUAUCUAAACCAAUUACAAGGCCAUAUUAAUAGUGAGAAAUGGACAGAAUAGGAAGACAGAAUGAUUUUAAAAUUGUACAAAAAGUAUGGGACGAAAUGGAGUUACAUAUCUAGUUUCCUUAAUGGCAGACCUGUAUAAAUGACUAGUUAUUAUUUUAACAUAGGAAAAUAUGGUAAAAAAUCGAUUUUAUGCUAAUUUGAAAAGACGAUUCCAAUCUGAUCUAGAAAUUUCUGAAGAUGACCAAUGUUAAGACUCAUAAGAUUCUUUGAAUAUAACCAAAUAUAAGAAGAAGAAAAAGCUUAAACCAUAUAGAUUCAUAAGUGAUUCUAUUUAGAUUAAGAAAUCUUAACUCUAAAAUGUUAGAUCUGAAAUUUUCAAAAGAAUUACUAGGUCCAAGAAUAAAGAUCACUUAUAAGAUUAAAUUAAAGAAGAAGAAAAUAUUUAUGAUUCUAUUAAUUAAAACUAAGAGCCUAUUAAUGCUAUUCAAAAUUAAGAAGUUAUUCAUAAAUAGGAACAUGAUAAUUAAUAGAUUUUAUAAUAAAAAGUAAAUGUAAAAGAAGAAAUGGUAUCUAAUAAUAAUUAAAUAUCAUAUAAUCCUCUUAUGUUAUUCGAAUAUUAAUAAACAUUUUAAGCUCUAUAAUAAGUUGAUUAAAGAACAAUAGAGCUUGGAUUAAAUUAAUAAUAAUAAUUAUUAUUAAAUUGUUAUCCAAAACAAAAUGACACUCAAUUCAAUUUCUAAUUGUGUUAGAAAUGUAGUAAAUGUGAGAAUACAAUUGAUUAAAACCAAUUGUAUUCUUUUUAAGAUAUUAAUCAAUUAUUCAAAUUGUUUUAGUAUCAUUUGUUUAUGCAAAAUCAACCUUUACUAAAUUACAAAAGUGAAGUUGAUAUGUCAUAAAUUGGGAAUCAAUAACCAUAGCAAUAUAACAGCCAUAUAUUGCAGUGA